AGUGUGUACAUUGACACUCACACAACCUCCUCCUUGCUUCUCUCUCUCAAAUUUGCAGAAAAUCAGAAGCUAAACACAAAUGGCAACCAUGGCCACAACCUUCACUUCUUCUCUCUCUUCAAAGCCCAAGACUAGUUUCUUGGAAACCCAUCAAUCCUCUUUUCAUGGGGUUCCCAUUUCUUCCCCAAAUCGUCUACAACCCAUCAAAUCAACCCCGCAAAACACGACCAUCUCCAUCUCUGCUUCAACUCCACCCUACGAUCUCAACUCAUUCAAAUUUGAUCCCAUCAAAGAAUCGAUUGUUUCGCGUGAAAUGACUCGCCGGUACAUGAUGGACAUGAUCACCUACGCCGAUACCGACGUCGUCGUCGUCGGUGCUGGAUCUGCCGGUCUUUCCUGUGCUUAUGAGCUGAGCAAGAAUCCAUUUGUACAGGUGGCAAUCAUUGAGCAAUCAGUGAGCCCUGGUGGUGGUGCGUGGCUUGGUGGACAGCUCUUUUCAGCUAUGGUUGUUCGGAAGCCAGCUCAUCUCUUCCUUAAUGAGCUUGGUAUCGACUAUGAUGAGGCAGACGACUAUGUUGUCAUCAAACACGCCGCAUUGUUUACUUCAACUAUCAUGAGCAAGCUGUUGGCUAGGCCAAAUGUGAAGCUCUUUAAUGCUGUUGCAGCUGAGGACCUGAUAGUGAAGGGAGGAAGAGUCGGUGGUGUGGUGACGAAUUGGGCUUUGGUGUCCAUGAAUCAUGACACACAGUCAUGCAUGGACCCAAAUGUGAUGGAGGCAAAAGUGGUUGUCAGCUCUUGCGGACAUGACGGGCCAUUUGGGGCCACUGGAGUAAAGAGGCUGAAGAGUAUUGGGAUGAUUGAUAGCGUGCCAGGCAUGAAAGCGCUUGACAUGAAUGCAGCGGAAGAUGCGAUUGUGAGGCUGACAAGGGAGAUUGUUCCAGGGAUGAUUGUAACUGGAAUGGAAGUCGCAGAAAUAGAUGGAUCUCCCAGGAUGGGACCUACAUUUGGAGCUAUGAUGAUAUCAGGACAGAAGGCAGCUCACUUGGCACUGAAGGCACUAGGGCAGCCUAAUGCUCUAGAUGGAACAUAUGUUGGGGGUAUUCACCCAGAGCUGAUCCUAGCAGCUGUUGAUGCGGCUGAGAUUGCAGAUGCUUAGGUGAGGUAAUAUGUAGUCAGAAAUAAAAUUUAGAAAAAAAGUAAAAGAAAAAAGAAAGAUGAGUGCAAAAGUAGUCCUGACGCUGCUGGUGAUGGGUGCGGGUGGUGAUUGAAUGCAGAAAUAAAUUUAGUGGGGUAUGGCAAGUCUUUGUGAAUGGUAGUGGCAUGUACCUUUUUUUUUUUUUUUAAUCUGUUUCCUCUUUGUUGAAACUUUGAUGUGGAAAUGGCAGUGUUUAGUUCCUUUUGUUUUUGUUA